CUCCUGGCCCUCGAAAACUUCCAAUUAUUGGAAACCUUCACCAAAUCGGUGCAGUUCCCCACCAGUCGUUUGCCGAAAUGUCAAAGAAACAUGGCCCUCUAAUGCUCGUUCAUAUUGGAUUUGUCCCAACACUCAUUGUAUCCUCUGCAGAAGCGGCAAAAGAACUCUUUAAAGCCCACGAUCUCGAUUGCUGCAGCCGACCUCCCGUGACGGGUACCGGAGAGCUCUCCUAUAACUACCUAGACGUCGACUUUACUGCUUAUGGCGAUUACUGGAGAGAAAUGCAACAUCUGUACGUUAUCGAAGUCCUCAGCAUUAAAAGAGUCCAAUCCUGCCGGUUCGUCAGAGAAGAAGAGGUGGAAUCCCUAAUAAAAUCAAUUUCGGAAUUCUCCAAAUUAGGGACACUGGUCAACCUUAGUGAGAAGCUGAUGUCUCUUACCGCCGAUGUUACUUGUCGGGUUGCUUUUGGAAAGAGCUUCAGAGAAAGGGGAUACGAAGAUUUUGACACGGAUUACGAAGAGGUGAUUCAUGAAGCUUUUGCUACGUUGGGAAGCUUUGCGGCCGCCAAUUUCUUCCCUUACUUCGGUUGGAAUGUGGACAGAAUCACCGGUCUCCAUAGAAGACUCGAACGGAAUUUUAAAAGACUGGAUGCUUUCUUCCAGAAAGUGCUAGAUGAUCACCUCUGCUCCGGUUACCGAAUUGCAGAGGAAGAACAGGAAGAUAUCAUCGACGUUCUGAUAAAACUAGCGAAAUAUGAAACGGCAUCCGGUACUGAAAAAAUCACUCAUAAUCACAUCAAAGCUAUUCUUAUGGACAUAUUUCUUGGCGGAUCCGAUACCGCUUCCAUAAGCAUGGCUUGGGCCAUGGCGGAGCUGGCAAAGAACCCAAGAGUGAUGAAGAAAGCAAAGGAAGAAAUAAGAAACAGCCUUGGGAACAAAGGGAAAGUCUCAGAAACUGACAUCGAAAAACGCCCGUAUCUGGAGGCGGUGCUGAAGGAACUCUGGCGGCUGCAUCCACCGGGGACAUUGCUGAUGCCGAGAGAAGCCAAUAUCCGAUUCAACAUCUUGGGCUACACCAUUGAACCGAAGACCCGAGUUCAAGUAAAUGUUUGGGCUAUCGGGCGAGAUCCAAAUGUAUGGGAAAACCCCCAAGAGUUCUACCCCGAAAGGUUCUUGGAUAGUCCAAUUGAUUUCAAGGGGCAGCAUUAUGAGUUUUUACCGUUUGGCAGUGGUCGGAGAAUUUGUCCGGCGGUGCAUAAAGUGGCCGCCAUAUUGGAGUUUACACUCGCAAAUCUAUUGUAUUGCUUUGAUUGGAAAUUACCGGGAGGGAUGACAGAGGAAGAUAUCUGCAAGGAGGAGGAAGCUGGAAUUACUGCUCAUAAGAAAGUGCCUCUUAAGCUCAUUCCCGUUAAAUAUCAAUGUUCAUCUGAAAAUAAGAUGUCGUAAGUCGCUGUUUACUUGUUUGUAUUUAGACUCCAAACAUCCCAUGUAAGGAUAUUAAUAUAACUGUCGUACGUAGAAUUCUAGAUGAGAUCACGUUGUAACAACUAUAAGUCUUUCUUUUGUUUAUGCAUUCUUAGUAAAAGAUUUAUUCCAAA